CUGUCCAACUUUCAAAUGGUUAUUUUUAUGUCGCCGCUAUUUUUUCCAAGUCCCUUCUUUUUUAUAAACCGCUUUUUCAUCUCAAAAAGUAAUUUGUUUCAGAAAGUUUUGUUUUCCGGUUUUUUUCUCUUAUCUUUGCCCCUCUUCUCUUUUUCGUUCUUUUUCUUUGUAUUGAUUGAUUUGUAACAAUGGCUCCGGCUUCUGUCAUCGAUAACGCCAAAGGCGCCCCCGCUACUUCUGAAAAGCAACCUGGCCAUGUCGGCCACUUGACCGCCAAAGAAACCGAUAUGUUAAAGGCAUUGUGGAAACGUCUGUUUGAACUGUUCAAACAGGUGGGGACCGAGUAUAAACCUGCUGAGAAGAAUGAACCAGCCAAAGAAGCGCCCAAGGAAACCAAGAAAGGAGGCUUCUUCGGUUUCGGUGGAAAGAAAGAAGCCAAAGAAGACGCCAAGACGAAUGAUGUGUUUAUUGGUACCACGGCCGAUCCGUCGUGGUUGACUUUGCCUCUUGAAAAGGCCAUUCCCCUUAUUCCCGGCACCGAUUUGCAAACUACAUUCUGGAACAUGGUGUGCACCGAUAAUCCGGACGCGGUGGUUCUUCGAUUCUUGCGAGCACGUAAAUGGGAUCUGGAUGCGGCCUACAACAUGCUCAUCAACACUUUACGCUGGCGUAUUGUGAUGCGUGUCGAUGAUAUCGUGGCUCUGGGCGAAACGGGAAUGCACGAUGAGCUCGAGCGACUCAAGCCCGGCAUGGGUAAGUCGUUUGUCGAACAACUUCACUCGGGCAAAGCUUUCUUGGGUGGUCCUGACAAGGCCGGACGUGGUAUCUGUUUCAUCAACGUAAGCCUUCACCAUAAAGAGGAUCAAGCCCCCGAGGUGAUCAAACUGCUGACCAUGUUCGUCAUGGAAACUUCCCGUAUUGUCGUACAUCAACCCAUCGAAGCUGCUUGUAUUGUCUUUAACAUGGACGGUUUUACUUUGAGUAACAUGGAUUUUGAUUUCGUCAAGUUCUUGGUCACCUGUUUCGAAGCUUAUUAUCCCGAGACGUUGGGAUGCUGUCUCAUCCACAAGGCUCCGUGGGUAUUCUCGACGGUGUGGAAUUUGAUCACUCCUUUACUGGACCCUGUAGUGGCGAGCAAGAUCCACUUUACCAAGAACGUCGACGAACUGACCAAGUAUGUGGACAUGGCCAGCUUACCAGGUAAUAUUUCCGGCGAAAAGGGUAAAAAGACUUUGGAUGAGCAAAAGGUGGACCCUCCCAAGGCUGGUACCUUGGUCAAGCCCAACACCCCGGCCAUUCAAGAUUACCAUGACAUGAUCAAGGAAUUCCAAUACGAGACGGCCGAAUGGGCCAACAGCAAGACGCCCGAAGAUGCAAAGGACGACGGCAGCCGUCUGGAACUUGCCAAGCAAUACCGCAUGAUGCGCAUCAAAUCCGAACGCGAUUUGCGUGGUCCCAGCAGCUACGAAACCAAAGGUCUUGCCACCAUCACCGAUGAACAUCGUCUCAUCAUCGAUUUUGGCAACUCGAACUGGACUCCUCUGGAUAUCACCGAAAGCGUCUAACAAAGAUAGACUGGGUUCAACUAUUUUUCUUUUUUACAUUUGCUAGUAUUACAAGUCGUUCAAAACUUACCUUUUUGGUUACGUUGAUUAGUUUUUAUAUUUUCUUUCUCUCUUUCUUUCUUUCUUUCUUUCUU